CUGGGUCUCUGGGGAUUGUUUCCAUCCGUCAGUCCUGCUAAGCCAUGCUGAGCCAUCGUGGAAGUGAGGGAAGGUGGCCCUCUGGAAAUCACUUGAAUCCACAGCAGUGUCCUACCAGUCCAUGACCAAGCAGACAUGGAUUGAAACUGUUCUGUUCCCUCUUCUGUUGUGGAAGUAAUCUUUGCCAAUGAGGUGAGUGGCAUGGCCAGCCAAGACCAAGUCCAGAGGAGGCCAGUCAAGUCUCCAGGUGGAGUGAUCAGAGAAGGCUUCUGAGGGGAGAAGGAAAGACAAUCGGAGCCAGUUCAGCAUUCGGAAGGAUCCUGAGCUGGAAGCCAGCCUGGGCUAUAUAGCCCCAUAGGGUGAUGUCCCGUCAUAUGAGUGAAGGCACCAGGCCCUCUCACAAAACUAGUGGCUUACAGACCAGUGCUAGCUUCUAGAACCAUGGGGACCAGCCUGCGCAGUCAGUCCUUUCGAGAACCCCGGCCCUGCUAUGGGAGGCUCCAUGAGUCCCACGGGAGAUCUCUGGAGGGCCGACUCCGCCGGGCACUGAGCCUCAGACAGGGCCGUGAAAAGUCCAGGUCCCAGGGCCCCAAUGGCUCGGAAGGGCUGGAAGUCUCUGUCCAGGAGCGGCUGCCAGGGACCCUAGGAGACACAGAACAGCUGAUCCAAACCCAGAGAGGAGGGAGUCGACGGUGGCUGAGACAAUACCAACAGCAGGUGAAAAGAAGGUGGAGGAGCUUUGUUGCCAGCUUUCCCAGUGUCACCCUGAGUCAACCAGCCUCCCCAGAGGCCUUGUUGGACACCAACAGCUAGAGCUGCUGUGACUGCCCCUCACUCCACAGGCUGCACUCUUGUGUCUCCUCGUCUGCCUCUACAUGGCUUUCCUGGACUCUGAACUGCUCCAGCCUUCGAACUUUGUCUUAUGACCCAAGGAGGCCUCUGUCACCAGAUCAUCCAAGGUCCCAUGUGGCUGCCCUUCUUGGUUCUGGCCCCUAUCUCUUAGCCAAGACCUCUGCAGGCCUGAGGAGAAGAUGCUUGGCUCUCUGCCUUUUGGGUUUAAUGACUCCUGGGUUUAUGAAGACCUUGAGGAUCUAAACUGGAAUGAGAGCAGCAACUUUGACCCCCUGACCCCACACAGACCAGCCACCCACUUCCAGGUCGGGGUUCAGUGAAGCCAAAGAAAGGCUGAGAACUUCGUAAAUAUCACCUGGUCUAGGACCAAGUUCCACCUGCCUUUCUGGGCAGCUGCUAGUGACUGGCCAAGACUUGGGCCUCCCUCAUAGACUGUGAGCCUUCAAAGGCUAGGACCAUGUCUGGACUGUCCUCGGUGUGGGUGCUGUAUGCCUGGGAAGCCCAAACAUGCAUCUCGAUGCCUUUGGACUUCAUGAUAUCCCGAUGAAGGAAGCAGGGAAAUCUUCACUCCCUGUGUGGCAGAGGGAAACUGAGGCCAGAAGUGGAGAAGAGACCUUCCUCCUACACACCACACAAACACACACACACACACACACACACACACACACACACACACACACACACACCACAAUGCCAAACACUGGGAUUGAAACAUUAAUAAAGCCACUGAGCUGAAAGAAA